AUCAUGAAAAAGUGGAUUUAUUUCAUUAAUUCCAUUUAGAAAGUCAAACUUGCAGAAUGUAUACAUUCAUUCCAAACAGACUGAUACAUUUAAAGUGUUUUUUGCCAAAAAGGAGAUGAUUAUAGCUGACAACCAAUGUUGUGACAGUUUGACCCCACACUUUCACAGUUUGAACUUUGGCUUCCUCUCAAACCAUGCACAUUUUUUUUUAGUCAGCUCUGCAUUUCUUUAUGUAGCUGAGCACACCUGCUUUGACUAAUUAGGCCUAAUUUGGGCCAAACCAUGUUUGUCAGGAGCUGGGUGUUGCUGAGGGACAUUUGAACCUGAAUACACUGUGGACAAAAAGUGACUGCUUUAACAAUGCAAAAGUACUAUGUGAAUACUUUUUAGACAUCUGAUGGUUACAUUUAUAAAAAGAAGUGUUUUCUUAAUUUCCCCUGUCAAAUUGGUCCCAGCUAGUGGGCGGGGCUAUGGGCUAUUUAAGUGGGGGAAAAUGCCAUUUUUCUGCCAGUCUGCUGCCUGUCACUGCCAGAGGAGGUUCUCUGUCCUGACCAAGAGUUUCUUGUCGUCAUACAUCAAACAACUACUGAGACGUCUGUGAAGAACAUCUUCACCCUGAGCAACAGAAGUGGAGCUUCAGGAUGCAGACGGAGGAGCCACAGCCCUCCCACAUUAAGAAGGAAAAGGAAUACCCACUGAUCCCCCAUUUUAAAGAGGAAGAAGAGGACCCACUGACACCACAAUUUAAAAAGGAAGCGGUGGAUCCACUGAGCCCUCGUAUUAAGGAUGAAGAGGAAGACCCACUGAGCCCUCACAUCAAAGAGGAAGAGGAGGAACACAGCAUCAGUCAGCAUGUAGAGCAUCUAGAAGGACUGGAGGAGGUUGAUGUCACCAAAAUGCCAGUGACUGGUGUCCCUGUGAAGAGUGAAGGUGAUGAGGUCAAAGGUGAGAGUGAGGAGAGGGGAGGGGGGGAGCCUCCAAGCAGCAGCUCAACUCAACACAUGACAACAGAAGCUGAUGGAGACCACUGUGGAGGAUCACAAGCAGACAAGCUCUUAGCUCCACUAUCAGAUAGUGAGGACACAACGUCACACUCUCCUGACACUGAUGAUGAAGACUCUAAAGAUGAUAAGACAUGUCACACUGACAACACACACUUCACAUGUUCUCUCUGUGACAAAACAUUUAAAGACCAUAGUAAUCUGAAAAGGCACAUGAGUACACACACUGGAGAUAAAACUUUUUCAUGUUCAAUUUGCGGUAAAGAUUUUACUAAUAGGCACGAUUUGAAAAUACACAUGAGAAUUCACACUGGAGAAAACCCUUAUUCCUGCUCAGAAUGUGGUAAAAGUUUUGGAAGAAAUCGGAGUUUAAAAGAACACAUUAGAACACACACAGGAGAAAAACCUUUCGAAUGUUCAAUCUGCGGUAAAGAUUUUACUCAUAUUCAACAUUUGAAAAGACACAUGAGAACACACACUGGUGAAAAACCUUUUUCAUGUUCGACCUGCGGUAAAAAGUUUACUCAAAAGCACCAUUUCAAAGCACACAUGAGAAUACACAGUGGAGAACAACCUUUUUCAUGCUCAAUCUGCGGUAAAGAUUUUAUGCAGAGGGACCAUUUCAAAAAACACAUGAAAACACACACUGAAAUACCAACUUGUUCAUGUUCAAUCUGCGGUAAAGAUUUUACUCGAAGGGACCAUUUCAAAAAACACAUGAGUACACACACUGGAGAAAAACCUUAUACGUGUUCAGUAUGUGGUAAAAGUUUUAUACAAAGACAGCAUUUGAAAAGACACAUGCUAACACACACCGGAGAAAAACCUUUUCCAUGUUCAAUCUGCGGUAAAGAUUUUACUCAUAAGCACGAUUUGAAAAGACACAUGAGAACACACUCUGGUGAAAAGCUUUAUGCAUGUUCAGUGUGUUGCAAAAGUUUUAUACAAAGCCAACAUUUGAAAAGACACAUGCUAACACACACAGGUGAGAAAGUGUUGAGUUGCAGUGUGUGUGGUGAAAGAUUCUCUUCUAAGUCCCAGUGUAAGAAACACAAGUGUGCUGGUGAGAACAGCAGCAGCAAAUGAAGAUGCAGGAUUUGAAAUAAACUGUCAAAACUUGAACUUUGACCUUCUAACAACAUCAGCACAUAGAUGAGAUAUUUUAGAUUAUUGCUUUUUUCAGUCAAGUACAUGUUUUAAUAUACAACAUUGUGUACUUGUAUUUAAAAAUGAACACAACACUUUGACUGUAAAAGUGAGAAUAAACAGGACAAAACAUGUUGCAAGUACUAUUUAUGUGUAUAGAGAUGUUAUAAAUCAUGGGUGUCAAAUUCUGGCCCAAAUUUGGCCCGCCGUGUAAUUUCAUUUGGCCCUUGAGGCAACAUCAAAAUAACACUGCAUUCACCACUGAUACUCGUACUUGCCAACCCUCACGAUUUUCCCGGGAGACUCCUAAAGUUCAGUGCCCCUCCCAAAAAUCUCCCUGGGCAACCAUUCUUCCGAACUUCUCCCGAUUUCCACCCGGACAACAAUAUUGGGGGCGUGCCUUGAAGGCACUGCCUUUAGCGUCCUCCGUAGCCUGUCGUCACGUCCGCUUUUCCACCAUACGAAAAAACGUGCCGGCCCAGUCACAUAAUACAUGCAGUUUUAACACACGCAAGUGAAUACAAACAUACUUGAUCAACAGCCAUAAGGGUCACACUGAGGGUGGCCUUAUAAACAACACUUAAAGGGGAACAUUAUCAGCAGACCUAUGUAAGCGUCAAUAUAUACCUUGAUGUUGCAGAAAAAAGACCAUGUAUUUUUUUAACCGAUUUCCGAACUCUAAACGGGUGAAUUUUGGCAAAUUAAACGCCUUUCUGUUUAUCGGUCUUUUAGCGAUGACGUCAGAACGUGACGUCAUCGAGGUAACACACCCGCCAUAUUCAUUUUCACAUUACAAACACCGGGUCUCAGCUCUGUUAUUUUCCGUUUUUUCGACUAUUUUUUGGAACCUUGCAGACAUCAUGCCUCGUCGGUGUGUUGUCGGAGGGUGUAACAACACUAACAGGGAGGGAUUCAAGUUGCACCACUGGCAAGAAAUCUGCCGCCAGACCCCCAUUGAAUGUACCAGAGUGUCUUCACAUUUGACCGGCGAUGCUAAGACAGACAUGGCACAGAGAUGUAUGGAUAACCUGCAGAUGAUUAAGUCAACGAAAUCACAAAGGUGAGUUUUGUUGAUGUUGUUGACUUAUGUGCUAAUCAGACACAUUUGGUCACGGCAUGACUGCCAGCUAAUCAAUGCUAACAUGCUACGCUAAUCGAUGCUAACAUGCUAUUUACGCUAGCUGUACGUACAUUUGAAACUAGAUACCCACAUUUAAUGCGAAACAAACACUUACCAAUCGACGGAUUUAAGUUGCUCCAGUGUCACAAGAUGCGAAAGUCCUGAUCGUUUGGUCCGCACAUUUUACCGGCGAUGCUAAUAAGGCAGCCAUGCUAUGGGUCACUUCAUUAGGUACACCCACGUUAUGGCCGAAUAGCGUCAAUAGCUAUUCGCUCAAUAGCUUCAAUUUCGUUUUCGCUAUCUGCCUCCAUACUCCGACCAUCUGUUUCAAUACAUGCGUAAUCUGUUGAAUCGCUUAAGCCGCUGAAAUCCGAGUCUGAAUCCGAGCUAAUGUCGCUAUAUCUUGCUGUGGUAACCGCCAUGUUGUUUGUAUUGGCAGCACUGUAUGACGUCACAGGGAAAUGGAAAGUGGUUUCGAAGACAGCGAAAAUAAGGCACUUUAAAGCUUUAUUUAGGGAUAUUCCGGGACCGGUAACAUUUUGAAAAAAACUUCAAAAAAUACAACAAGCCACUGGGAACUGAUUUUUAUUGUUUUUAUUGUUUUUAACCCUUUUGAAAUUGUGAUAAUGUUCCUCUUUAAGUAGCACCAGGGUCAAUUGGAAGCAGCUGUGCACGUCCCACAACUCCGCCCACAAGGGCAACACAGGGACUCUAGGAGGAAGGAGAAAUGUAAGAACAAGGUCAACUGCACCAAAAGAGGAAAACUGACUGUUGGAGCCAAAUUUCCUAAUUUGUUUAUAUUGUUUUAAUUUAGUUUUCUCUGAUUGAUCGCUGGCUUCAGUUCAUGCUGAGUUUACCUUUCGGCAGAUUGCUCCGCCCACUUCCUGUGGAGAACCAGGAAGUGUGGACAGGUAUGGGACUGUUGCUAUGGUGCGGUUGCCAUGGUAGCCUCCUUUAAUUGGGUUCAGCUGGGAAGACUUGCAUGGAGGACAAACAGUUUUGGAGCGUGUGGUGUGGUGUGUGGUCAGGUCUCGCUGCUGUGACAAUGUGCCAUUCAAGGUCAGCAUACAUCAUGUUCUAGAAGCUACAUUUCAUUUCAUUUUGAUAGCUUGGAAUAAAGGGAUUGUCAUAUCCAAACACA